AGCCGGCUUUAUCGUCACUUGAGGUUUCAAGUGAAAUGAGGAACAUAUUAUCAUGUCAGUGACCUGUCACUGACCCGUCACAGUGUCUGCAUCCAUCAUUCACACUGCUGGAGGCUAAAUGAGGACCAUUUUACUCACAUGUCUCCUGGGAAAAAGGGAUUUUGACUGCAACAUGAGGGAAACCAACACACCAAAUUGUGUCGCGUCAGCCAUGGUGUGAGUUGUUGAAAGCAGCAUAUUCUCUGUCGACGGGGACUGUGUGGAUGUGAGCCAUGUCUCAAUCGGAAUCCUGCACUAACGUGUGGGACUGGCUGUGCGUGCUUCGCCUGGAGCAGUACUCUGGGGCCUUUCGAAGCGCCGGGCUUGCGACAUUAGCAGAGUGUCGCAGCCUCACCUCAGAUCGGCUGGAACGGAUGGGCAUCACCCUGCCGGGCCAUCAGAGGCGGAUCCUGGCCAGCCUGAACAAAACGCACCUCAGUCGUGAUCAGUCGUUACACGAGCCGGCGGAUGAAACGGGUCAUGCCGAAGUACCGCAGAGAAAGAGACCUGUGCCCGCUCCGCCAGAGGGAAAACCUGCCCUCCAGGAAAGUGAGAAGAAAGACGGGGAAACCCCCUCACUGAAGAAGAGGGAAAAACCAAUCCCCAAGGAGAGACAUCUGGUCAGAGGACGAGAGGAUGGUAGAGAAGCAGAAGAGAAGAAGCCCGCUGUCGUACAAAGACAGACGAUACACAGAGGAGGUAAAGAGGAUGAAGGCAAUGGAGGAGUCGAUGGAGAAAGUGUGAAGCCGGUGCCAAAAGAGAGAACUAAGUUUCGCUCCAGCGCUCCAGUCGACAGAUACCCUAGCUCAGUCUCACCGGUGUCUGAAUCUUCUUUACCCCCCGUCCCCCCACGGAGCACCCUCAAUUGCCCUCCACAGCGCUUUACCUCUUCAGGUUGCUCGUCCCUUCCCGCUGAUUUUCCUUCAAAAGACAAGCCUGCAGUGAAAGAUCCUGCUGUACACUGCAGAUCGGAAUCUCCAACUACCAGCACACAAGUGUUUCUCGCCCCACCCAGCAUCCCCUCCACCCAAACUCGGCCUCAGACGUUGUCCAUCCAGCCACCGGCCCAACAUCCAAGCAGUGAAGGAGGAAGAAAAUCAUCCCUCACUUCCUCGCCCAUCUCCCCUACUGCCUCUCCGAGUAGAGACAGAACUGCUCCACCUCUUCCUCCCAAGAUCGGAGUGGGAUCUAAAGGCGCGCCACCGAUUCCACAGAGGUUUCCAUCACAGGCUCCCUCAACUAAGAGCCCACCCCCCACUCCCAAGAAGGACACUGAUGAGCUUCAGGCAGACCAGACGCCGCUGGUCCCACCUCGCAUCAGCACGCCGCAAAGCCGAGACAAGGCUCAGCGACCAACGCGAUCCGACUCGCAGCCGGCUCUGCCUGCCCGGAAGAUUCCCCAGCGGCCCCGUAGCUACCGAUUGAGUUCAUUCGAUGAUAAUUCUGAUGACUACGAAGAUCCAGACUCGUACUCCCCCGCUGUCCAUCGAUUGAACACACCUGACAGGGACAUGUCCCUGCUAGUGCCCGUCCACUCAAGCAGGAGGUGCAAUUCUUUGUGUAGCGAUGAUGAGCUUCUGGAUUACGAUGACUCUACCCUGUGGCAGGAUGAGUGUCUUGGCAAACAGCAACGCAGCGUCUACCUGCCAGACAAUGGCAGGCUUCCCCCUGCUGCCAAACAAGACAGCUCACAGCACUCUGCAGUCAUAAAGAUGGGCUGGCUGGACAAGAAUCCCCCUCAGGGGGCUCUUUAUUACCAGAGGCGAUGGGUGAAGCUGGAUAUCGACUAUCUGAGAUACUUUGACUCUGACAAGGACGUGUAUUCCAAGGGCAUCAUCUCAACAGCGUUCAUCACUAAUGUGACCAGUGUUGGGGAGCUGAAAUUAGAGGUUGGCACAAGCAAUCGAACCUUCAUCUUCAGGGCUGAAAGUGAAGCUGAGAGAAACGACUGGGUGACCGUGCUGCAGGACGUCACCAGGGGGCGCCAGCGACGCAGCACCAUCAGCCCCGUCACAUCCUUGACCCCAGACUAUCAGGGCUAUUUGGAACUCAGAGGAUUGCGCUCCAAACUUUACACAGUUGUCGCUCUUGAUAAAGUCUAUCUCUACAAAAACAUUGAUGACUAUCGCAUUGGAGUAGGCAUCACAUCCAUUGAUAUGAAUGUGGGGAAUAUUAAAGACACAGAACGACGUAGCUUCGAUCUCACCACACCAUAUCGGAUAUUCAGUUUUAUAGCGGAGUCUGAACAGAUGAAGGAUCAGUGGGUGGAAGCCAUGAGGAACGCCAUCGGUGAGGCUUUGUCCAAUAGUGAGGUGGCCGAGCGAAUCUGGGCGGAGACCAGCAACAGCCUCUGCGCCGACUGCGGGGCUCCCAAACCUGAAUGGGCGGCCAUCAACCUGUGCGUGGUGAUCUGCAAGCGAUGUGCAGGAGAGCACAGAGGCCUGGGUCCAAGCGUCUCAAAAGUCCGGAGUCUGAAGAUGGAUAGAAAAGUCUGGACUGAAGAACUUAUUCAGGUGUUCCUGCUGCUGGGCAACAAGCGGGUCAACAGUUUCUGGGCAGCGAACGUCCCGCCGAGCGAAGCCUUGUCACCCUCCAGCUGCAGCGACGAGAGACGGCGCUUCAUCACCAACAAAUACCGCCAGGGCAAAUACAGGAAAUACCACUCUCUGUAUGGAAACCAGAGUGAGCUCAAUAAUGCUCUGUGUAUAAACGUGCAGAGCAGUGAUGUUCUGGAGACGCUGUGCCUGAUUUUCUGCGGUGCAGAUGUGAAUUGUUCGACUGGUAUGCCAGAUUGGCCCUCCCCUCUCUCCCUGGCCUCUGCUCAUGCACAACCUCUGCAGGCUGAACUAAUUAGCCAUAAUCUCAACACAGAGCUGCCACGGUUAGACGCCGGUGAGCUUAUGGAGCCGAUACAGUACCUACCAACACCUUGUGUUUCUCACAAUGGCUUCUUGUUCAAGACUGCAUCCAUGGGCCGGGCGACCGCGGAGCACAAAGGCAGGGAGGAGUUCAGCCGUCGCUGGUGCACAUUAAACGACGGCACGUUCAGCUACUAUGAAAGUGACAAGAACUCGAACCCUAACGGAGUGCUGAAGGCCACAGAGAUAGUCUGUUUGGCUGUCGACGCCCCUCAGAAGCACGGAUACAAUCAUACUUUUGAGCUGUACACGGAGGCGGAGCGUCUCUAUUUGUUUGGCACGGACGAUCCAGACGGCCACAAGCAGUGGGUCAAGUCUCUCGCCAAGAGCUUUAUUCCACCCAGCGCCGAGCCUUUGCUGAAAUUGGGUUUUGAGCGGAUCGGGCGGCUGAAGUGUAAAGACGGCUUGAACCUGCAGACAUCAAAGUUGGGGUGGUUCGCCCUGGUGGGCUCCACGCUUCACGUCUACCUGGAGGCCAACAAAGGGGAAGAAAUCCACCUCCGCAAGCUGAAUGAACUCUCAAUUCAACAAGACAAUGAAGUGCUGGUCUUGGUGGAGAGAGGCAGGACUUUGUACAUCGAAGGAGAGAGAAAACUGGAUUUUUCUGGCUGGUGUGGAGCCAUCCAGGCCGCAGCGGGGAGCGGAGGAGACACGCUGAGCCAGCAGCAGCUGACGGAGACGGACAUACCCGUCAUAGUGUACAGCUGCAUCGGCUACAUCACGCAGUGUGGCUUGACGUCGGAAGGCAUCUAUCGUAAAAGUGGCGUGAACUCCCGCGUGGCAGCGCUAUGUGAGCGCUUUCGCAGCGACGCUCGCAGCCUCCGUCUGAAAGAAGGGGAGCAUCAGGUGGACGACGUCUCCAGCACCAUGAAACGCUUCUUCAGGGAUUUAGAAGAAGGCCUGUUCACGGCAGAGGACGCCCCCACCUGGCUCAGCGUCGCUGCCAUUGAGGAUGAAAGUAGAAAAAUCUCCCAGUACAAGCUGCUGUUGAACCGGCUGCCUCGUGUCAACAAAGCUACACUACAAGCUCUUAUCAACCACCUCUACUGCGUGCAGCGUUUCUCUGAUCGCAACCAGAUGAACCUCCACAACCUGGCUAUAGUGUUCGGCCCCACGCUGUUCCAGACUGAUGGGAAGGACUACACGGCUGGCCGUGCCAUCGAGGACCUCAUUCAGCACUACACAGUCAUAUUUGAGGUGGAUGAGCAGCAGCUAAGGAAGCAGCUGGAAGAGAUCAAAGUCAUCAUCGAAGUGCGAGAUCGGCUCCACAUAGCGAAUUUCCCCAGUACUGAACCAGGCGGCCACUUCAUCUGCACCGUGUAUCUGGAGAAAAAGGAAGAAACGGCGGAGCGUCACGUCAAGAUCCCUGGUUCCAUGACGGCAGCAGAGCUGACGUGUGAGGUUCUGGACCAGCGGAACAUCGCUGUCAAAGACAAAGAGUACUGGAGCUGCUGGGAGGUCUGCGACAAAGAGGAAAUGGAGCGUCCGCUGCACUAUCAGGAGCGAGUCCUUCCGAUCCUUCACUCCUUUGGCACCGACUCCCACCUGCUUAUUAAGAAGCACAUUGCUAUGGAGGCGAUGCUCCUCUACCUGGGAAGUAAAGUCGACGCCUCUAAACAUGGGAUGAUGAAAUUCAGAGAGGAGCGAAGCAUCUUGGGUCUGGGGCUGUCCUCUGGGAAUUUCCACGACCGAUACUUCAUCCUCAAUUUCACCUCGCUCAGAAUGUACAAGGAAGUCCGGAGUAACCGACCAGAACGCGAAUGGCCAGCGAAGAGUUUAAGAGUUUAUCUCGGUAUCAAAAAGAAACUCAGACCUCCGACAUGCUGGGGACUGACUGUGGUGCAUGAGAGCAAGAAGCAAGAGAAGCAGGAGAGACAGCAGUGGUAUCUCUGCUGCGACACUCAGACAGAAAUGAGAGAGUGGUUUGCAACUUUUCUCAGUAUCCAGUACGACGGCGACGUGUGGCCGCAGGACGGGCUCCAGCAGACGCGCGCGAGCCGCGCGCCGCCGGACACGCGUCACGGUAACGUGUCACUGAUACCUCUGCGUGGCAGUGAGAAUGAGAUGCGGAACAGCGUAGCAGCUUUCAGCCAAGACCCGCUUGCUGUGAGUCGAUCCACCAAUCACUGGGACAAAUCUGGUACAAACCCCCGGCGGCUCCGUCCAGAGCGGGGCCGCCCAAUCAGAGACAUUCAUGCUGGACAGGUGGUCCAGACCCUCAGCCCUGAUCCCCCUCGAGGAGCAGAGCAAAUCUGCUCACGUCCUUCGCCAGUUGUGUAAUCACUGCCGUGCAGGACUGGUUUCUCGUCAGUGUUUCACAUGUGAAGUGGUGCAUGAGAUCAGGAGCUGUGCAUCAGAGGACUGACUUGUUUCCUUUACAUUAUCCUUCAAAAGGAGGACAGGAGUUGAGGGUCGCACCUGAACAGGAUCAAUAAUCUCUGCUGCAUGAUUUCACUUUGAUUCAACCUUCAACAGAGUCUGGGUUCUUAAACUUUGCCAGAAAUACACAAUGGUAGCUCUUUUUUUUCUUCUUCUUCUUGUGUGUCUGUUAUUGUCGGCCUGGAUUCCAACACAACAGAAUAAAUGAGUAAUUUGUGUCUGGUCCUAAAAAUAUUUGAGAAUCCAGACGAUGUGAGGAGGAGGAGGAGGAGACAGCAGCAUUUCAUGUUCUAGCCGUUCUUUUCUGAGGAAGUUCUGUCAAACGGAGCUCUGAAAAUCAGCAGAGAAACAAAGAACGGAGCAUGUGACGUGCACCGGCGCCUGCAGGCAGACUGUGGUUAACGCCGUGUUUCACAGCACUGCCGCCGUAUCGGCUCCCGGAGUCACACGCUUGGUAUGAAUUCGACAAACUUCUUCACAGAAGGUUUUUCUGGACUGCAUUUCAAGUGCACAGAUAUAAAACCACAACUGUUCCCCAGCAUCGAUUUCCCCCUUUCCAUCUGUUCUUCUGCUCCCAUAGAAUAUUUUAGCCCAGCCGUGCAAAACAUUUCACUCUUCUCUCGGCUUUGGCGCCACAAACCCAAAUGUCCACAACCUGAUAGAUGCUGUCGUCUCCUCCUGCUGUUUUUUAGUCAUCAAACACUGCUCAUUAGUUUGCUUCUACAGCCUGUAACAACUCAACUCAAUCUGUUGGAACUUCCACGGGCAACAACAUGAACUGGAGGUUGCAGUGUUGUUGCCCUCCAGAUAGUUUCUAUUGAUUCUCCUCUGUCGGGUUUAUUGACUGGGAUCUUUUUUGUUAUUUUUUUUGGUGGGGGGUGUGUGAAGGUGUGAUUGCUUUGGUGAUGGGACAGCAGCAGCAGCAGCAGCAGAGGUGUGCAGCGCAUGCAGAGACGAGCGAGGGUCAGCGUGUGUGUGUGUUGAUGUGUGUAGUUUUCAGCGUGGAGUGACAGAGUGAAGAGAGUGUGUGUGUCUUUGUAUGACGCUCACGUAAAACCCCGAAAUGUGUGUGAAACUCAUGAGAGUUGACUGCUCCUGUUCAUACGGAUCCAGUAAGUCUGGUAACAUACAUAUACAUAACCUGUCCUGCCUCCUCACCCUCACACUCAACUUUUUAUUCAUCACAGUCCGACUCUGCUUCUCUUUCACCACCGUCUCCCUCCCCUACACUUUAUAUCCCAUUUUCUCUACAUGCUUCUGUCAAUACUCACGAACUCUGAAUUGUUUUAUCUUUCAGCUCUUUAGAGAUGUUCGGUAGUGAUUGCAGCACAUGAGGUAAGAUCAUUUUCUGUGCUUUGCACAUUUAUCAGUUUAUAACACACUGAUGUCACCGGUGCACUUUAUAGUCUGUCUUGCUAUAUAAUCUAUGAGCUUUUUUUUUUAGCAUAUUUUUUUCCAAUUUCUCUUGGUAUGUCAGUUUUUUUUUUUUUUAAUUUAAUUUGCUUCUGAGCAGAAAAAUGUAGUUUUUUGAUGUUUCAGACCCUCUGGGUGCCUAUAUUCUUCCACUGCCGUCUUGCCUGUCUACGGUAAAGGAGUAACCUGUGGCGUGCUGGCUGGAUUGUUAACCUUCACCAUGAGAAUAUUUGAGCGGUGUCACAUUGACCCUCCGGUUCCUGCUCAGUACCCUGGUGAAAGCUCUUCUUUUGGCAAAUCAAAACAGGAAAUUGUUUCCUGCGCUUCUCCAGGUCUUCUGAUCUAUUGUAUCAAUAAAUAGCAGCGUCAUGAAAAUGUAAAGUAUGUGACGAAAAUCUUCUCGGACCUGCUUAUCCCACAAAUGCAUGUUCUUCCAGCUGUGGCAGCAUUUCUGAAGGGAAUAAUCUAUCUUUACAAUUAUAUCGAAUUUAACUGCAAAGAAUCACGAAAUAAUCUACCAAACACACAUUUUUGUCAGCUGAUCUAAGUUGCUGUUUCUUUGUUCCAUUUAUUUGCGCUGUGGGUUCUGAGAAUUGAGGAAAGUUCCAGCAUCAUCUCUCACUUCAGGCAGAUUUUCUGGUUUGUUUCCCAGGCUGCAUAUCUGUGCUGAUCUGUUCUCUUGACCGCAGCUUAUUGAGUCCACGUCUCCUGAACAGCCUCAUAUCCGGUUGCCAUGACUCCGAGACGGUCUCGGACUGAAUGAAAAUCCCCAGCCCGUCCUCCCCGGGGAGAAGUGUUGACAUUAGAAUCACUCAGUCAAUCGAGAGUGAACGAGAGUGUCCAACAAGUUUGGCGAUAAAUAUCUGACUGCCUGAAUGUUUGUCUUGUUUUUAAAGGUUGGACAGUGUGUUUCGCCCGGUCUGAUGACCUCUGAAUAAUCCUGUGGCUUCAUUUUGUGACUGCAAAGACCAGAAUGGCGGACGCGGCUACAGGAAGCGGAUUCCUGUCGACCGCCUUCCUUUAAACUGCAGUAAAUGAACAUCGGGAUCAAAUGUAAAAUAUUCAAUGAAUUUGACUUGUUGCACAGAACGAGCGGAUGGGAUAUCUGGCAUUAAAAUAAAAGAGACACUUCGACUUUUCACUUUGGACCACAAUCAUCCUGAGGAGUUCCAGCAAGUCUGCAGCCACUGAUCUUCCUUCUCCGAUAGACUCUGAAGGAAACCUUCUUUUCUCUUCGGUAAUUUUUUUCCCGACAUCUGAAUUUAGAGUAAAGCCAGGCGCAGGUUCUGGCUGCUUAGCGAGUUCUUUCUUUUGUAGAAAACAAGACAUUUGAUGUGCAUUUCUAGGUCAGAAUAGUUUUUUUUUUUUAACCCCAUCGUCUGUACUGUUGUUCAACUAAUCAUUGAGAUAAUUGCACAGUUUUAAUUUCAGUAAUUUCCUGUUGUGAGCAAAGUGGAUGUCGUGGGACUCCGUGGCCCGGUUUAGUCCCGCAGUCGGAGGAGACCGGGGCGAAGGAAGGGUUUGCAUUACCCAGCAGGACAUUUGCCAGGACUAUGACCUCUGGUGACCUCUUGUCUGGCUGUGUGGAUGGUAUCGUGCCAUUGAGCAAGUUACGGAACAUGAGUCUGGUGCAGGGGAAAAAAAAAACAGCCUUUGUCUUGAAGCUGACGGAAGGAACGUCGCAUGUGGAGCGCGUGAAUACACUGAACAUAAGAAAAUGCUAGAUUUAUUGGUAGAAUUCUAAAUCUCAUGAACGCAGACAAAAGGGUCACUUUUAAAAUCAGUUGUAUUCAUGCUUGAACUUUAUCAACAUUCCUGCCCGUUGCGUCUGUUCUCAUGUCUUCAUAGGCUCUGAAACGACGCCGCGUUGGCCCCGCCUGUCGGCCGCCAGCAGUAUUUAUAAAGUUUUUCGUUAUGAAGAAAUCCACUUGAGAAAGAACCGAUGUCCGAUGUAUUUCUUACUAAGCAGUUUGAGUCUUUGCAACAGUGCAAUUUACAGGUCACCUCUACACAGGAGAAUAACCUGGAAUCAAAUCCUCACACACGACGAGCUUCCUAACAGCAGUCCUCUCCUUCUACCUUGUUUCCUCUGAAGGAUUUCCUUCGUGUAAAGAUUUAUUUAUUCAGACAGACAGUGCCAUGCAGCGCCGCAGGGUGACGCAUCCGGAUUUUUAGCUACUCUAACCUCCUUUUGCACCUGAGAAGAACCAGCUGGUUCAGUCUGUGGAGUCCGGAGUGAGGACACACCGGAGAGAAGGCCUUCGGCUUCAUAGUAUUGUAUACAUGUAUACAUGUGCAUACAUGAGAAGGGCUUCAAAAAAAUAUAUAUUUAAGAUUCCAACAUUAAAAGACGUAUUUAAGGGUAAAAACUUUUGGAUUUCGUUGAACUGAACUUUUCCUGUUUGAGUUCCGCAUCAUUUUGGGGUCAUGUUGUCUCUGGGGGGACGGUUGGUUUGGAUGAACUUGUGGACCGUUUGUUUUUGCUCAUUUCUCCCUUUAUACCUCUCUGAAAAGUCACUGUUUGUAAAGCAAAGAACAAAUGUCUAGGGGAGGUUGUUGGAUACGUUGUGAAGCAGUGUGUAUAUGCUUCCUCUGUCCCAGUUUUAUCCUGUAACUCUGCAUCUUAGAUUUUUUUUUUUUUUUUUUUUUUUUUUUUGCAUUUCUCAAACUCUAAUAAACACUUUCAGCUAUUGG